GCCAAGGCUCGGCUUUCCUCCCAGGCCAGGCCCCGCCCCGGCCCCGCCUCCCGGCGCCGGGGCCGCAGGGGGCUGGUGCGGGCGGUGGAGCGGGCGGAACAGGCUUCCUGCCUCCAGGGGGCAGCGGCUGCGGCCUGGUCCCAGGGUGGACAGCUCGGCCCCGCGCCCGGCCGCUCUUUCUGUCUUUGGGAGUGACGGGCCGGCCAGCGGGCCGCCGAAAGCCGGCGGUCGCCAUUCCCGUGUCGCUGCGCCCGCGGGGGCCGCCCGAGCCGGCCACGAUGCCACUGGGCCUGAAGCCCACCUGCAGCGUCUGCAAGACCACAUCGUCCUCCAUGUGGAAGAAGGGCCCGCAGGGGGAGAUCCUCUGCCACCACUGCACGGGCCGGGGCGGCGCGGGCGGCGGGGGCGCCGGCUCGGGGGCGGCCGGCGGGACGGGGGGCAGUGGCGGCGGUGGCGGCUUCGGCGCGGCGACCUUCGCCAGCACCUCGGCCGCCCCUCCGCAGAGCAACGGGGGCGGGGGCGGCAAGCAGAGUAAGCAGGAAAUUCACAGGAGGUCCGCUCGGCUCAGAAACACUAAAUACAAAUCUGCUCCAGCUGCUGAAAAGAAAGUUUCCACUAAAGGAAAAGGGAGAAGACAUAUUUUUAAAUUAAAAAAUCCCAUCAAAGCCCCUGAGUCAGUUUCCACCAUAAUCACUGCAGAAUCAAUCUUCUACAAGGGAGUCUAUUACCAAAUUGGAGAUGUUGUUUCUGUAAUUGACGAACAAGAUGGAAAACCCUACUAUGCUCAGAUCAGGGGUUUUAUCCAGGACCAGUAUUGUGAGAAGAGUGCAGCACUGACGUGGCUCAUUCCCACUCUCUCUAGCCCCAGGGACCAAUUUGAUCCUGCAUCCUACAUCAUAGGACCAGAGGAGGAUCUUCCAAGGAAGAUGGAAUACUUGGAAUUUGUUUGUCAUGCACCUUCUGAAUAUUUCAAGUCACGUUCAUCACCAUUUCCCACAGUUCCCACCAGACCAGAGAAGGGCUAUAUAUGGACUCAUGUUGGACCUACUCCUGCAAUAACUAUUAAGGAAACAGUUGCCAACCAUUUGUAGUUUAAAAAGUGAACAUGGAUUUCCAGUUGUCUUGUAUUUGUACUACCAUAAGACAUGCCACAUGUUUCUUUAAUGAAAUUCUUGGAUGGAAAAAUGACUAAAAGUUUUUUCUCUACUGCCCAGUAAUCAUUAGCUUGUUUCUUACUAGUCACUUAGAAAAUUAAGAGAUAGAAAAGAAUUAAAUAUAUUUUGAAGUUAAAUAUUACAUACACAUUAAGUGUGUAUAUCCUCCCAGGCAAAGACUGUAAUUUCCAAGGAGACAAUUAGGAACAGGUAGUGUCUAUUUUUCUCCAUAAUUUAUUUCUAGAAACUCAUAAAAUGGAUUGUAUUUUUCUACAAGAAUAAAAUAUUAAUUAAGGUUUGAAUUUCUAACCAAGGGCUGAAUCAAAUAAAAUGUAGCCGUUAGCAACAGUAUCUAUCACCAAGUUAAAAAAAAAGCUUUAUUUUAUCAUCUAGAAAAUGCUGUGACAGACUGUUGGCUGCUUUAACCUUAAGGAAAGUGAUUGGUGGAUGAUGUUAUUAGCCUAGGCUUUUUAAACUUUCAUCCAGUUCUUCUGUAGUAAGCAGGGAUUCAGAAUCAUUUGGUUGAUCUUAAUAGAGCUGCUCUUCACUGCUCUCACCUACCUUCUCAGUCAGAGUGAGGCUUAAUCAAAACAUUAAGUUUAUAGUUCAGACAGACAACUUCACUAAAAACACACAGGAAACGUACUGUUCAGGCAUCCCUGAGCAGUAGUUUCUUGACCACCAUUAGAACAAACAUUGGGCAGUCAUAAAAAUGAUUAAUCAUUAGCACUGAUAUCUAAAAGAAGUCCACCCCAAAGUUAAAACCAUCUGCUAUGUACUCAUAAUAACAGGCCUAAAACAAUGUCUGGGACUUAGAAGUCCAGGCACAGGAAUUCUAUUCAGAAUUCAGGGACAGGUUUUACUUCAAGUGUAGGUCAGCUAAGUAAGGGAGCAACAAUUUAAAAGAGGGAAGAAGUGGGAUUUGCACACACUUGCUUCCUCUCCUGUUCUGACUGGACCAUUAUUCCUCAACCCCAGCAAAAUUUGUCAGGAUCUAAUUGAAUUAUGGUGAUUUUGAAUUGUGGGAGUUUUAACUGUUACCAUUUUUCUACACAGUUAAUGUUUGAAUGUUGUAAGGAAGUUAUGGUUUGUAUGUUGUAGAUAGAUAGCUCUAUGUACAUAGUUCUUUCUCCACAAAAGUUAUAGUAAAAUUGAUUGUAAAUACCAUUGUAAAUAACUAAAUGCUAAUAUUCAGACUUUUGGAUUAAAAUGUAUUUUUCACAGUGUA